AUGCCAUUCUAUGACAGAGAUACAAAGUUGGUAUUUCUGGUUGGUAAGGGAACCAACAAAUUGUUCUUGGCUGAGUUUCAAUCGAAAAUGCCAUUUUUAUCUCCAGUGUAUGAAAUGUCAUUGACGGAGCAAAACCUCGGUGCUUGCUUGGGUAAUAAGCGCAACGUCAAUGUUAUGAGUGGGGAGGUGGAUAUUUUCUACCAGCUCACAAAACAUAGCAUUUUGCCGGUUCCUUGUAUUGUACCUCGAAGGUCAUAUCGCGAUUUUCAUGCUGAUCUUUUUCCUGAUACACGGGGUACGAGUGCGGGAUGCUCUUCGACUGAGUGGCUAGAGGGCUCCAAUGCUCUUGUAAAUAGGUCCAUCCCCACUUUUUGUAUGGUUGAUCAUAUAAUUGGCUUCCAUGAUAUCAAAAUUGAGUUGCAGCCGCCCUUGGUGUCCCUUGCUCCAAACGCUGCUCCAGUGCUCACGUCGCCAGUGCAGAGUACAGAUCAGAUGUUAUCCACUUCUUCGACAGCCGUUUCUUCUCCACCUCUGCCAGAAAUAACCCCAAUUACUACAAAAUCUGCACAACUACAAAUAUCUCCUGUGCUAACUAAGCAACCAGCCGAGCUGGCGGAGUCGCACGUUUCACUUUCUCCAAUCCAUACUUCUCGAACCAUUAAUGAAGAAGUUCGUUAUGAUCUGCCUGCGCGAGAAACGAAUAAUUUGAAAGAGGAUGUAAAGGAACUGGUUUAUUCGGUUGGCGAUGUUGCUGAGAAGGAAAAUGAAAUAAGUGAUACAACCAAAGAGAUAACUUAUCAUACGACAGUCUGA